UUUUUAUAAAGAAACGACGUCGUAGUAACCCUUCUUCCUAAGUCGCCCAGGUCCAUUUGAGGAUCGGAGGAUAUGAAUCUAUCUGUCCUUUAGUUGGAUUUGAAAACUUGUUUGAUCCAUCCAUCAAUUUUCUCAGGACCGAUCUCGAUUCCACAGGUAGGAUUUGUUUCGUGGAGGAAGAAGAUGAUGAAGAUUCGAAUUGGUGUGAUGGCGUUGUUGGUGGCUCUCUCUGUGAUUGAAUUUGGAUUGGCUUCUCCUAACACCGUCCCUGCUUUCCUCUGGUCUCCUCAUCUCCAGGCUGGUAAUGGUGAAUUAGAUCGGGCUGUGAAUUAUCAGGUCAUGUCUGCGAAAGAUCUUGUAAAUUCUGUCUUCACUCAUGGAAGAUGGUCAAACCUUCUGUGCUCUGAGAAGAAAGUUGAGCAACCUGUUGAUGUCGCACUUGUGUUCAUUGGCAGAGAGUUACUGUCUUCUGAUGUUUCUUCGAUAAGGAAUUCAGACCCUUCCCUUGUUAACACAUUGAAUGGUCUCUUUACAUCUUCCAACUUCUCGUUGGCAUUCCCAUAUAUCGCUGCGCCAGAGGAAGAGAGGAUGGAGAAUUUGUUGCUUUCAGAGCUUAAACAAGCUUGCCCUCACAGUGCAGGAGUCAGCAAUAUUGUGUUUUCAGAUUCUUGCUCUGUUGAGGAUGGAACAAUUCAAAAACUAUCAGACUUGCAAUCUUUCAAAGAUCAUUUGCUUGCUAGAAGAGAAACAAGGAAAGAAGGAGAAACUGACUUGGUUGUGCUCUGUUAUGAGGGUUCUGAAUCAUCUGGCCAGUCACAUUCAGAGCGUGAAAGCAUCUCUGAACUUGUUAGUUCUGUGGAACAAUCUGGCAGUAAAUAUACAGCUCUUUAUGUUUCUGAUCCUUACUGGUACACGUCUUACAAAACCCUCCAAAGGUUUCUAGCUGAAAGUGGUACCGGAAACAGCAGCUCUGUUGGUGUUUCCGCAACCUGUGAUGAACUCUGCAAAUUCAAGUCAUCACUUUUGGAAGGCAUACUAGUGGGAAUAGUUUUUCUUCUCAUCUUGAUCAGUGGACUUUGUUGUAUGGCGGGUAUUGAUACACCAACUAGAUUCGAGACUCCUCAAGAUUCUUGAGCAGUUGACUUCUUAAAGAGUCAUCCCCACCUUUUUGCUUUGCUUUUUUGCUUGUCUUUUCUCUGCAUAGUGCGUGUGGUGGUGAAAAGGUACUUCAAUGUCGAUGGUCACAUUACUAUAUGCGAUGUAAAGUCCCCUUGUAUCAUUUAUUCAUCUUGUUUGUGAGUCUUUCCUAUACACUAAAAAUUAAUAAUGGAGAGCAAGUAAGAACAACCCAGAGAGACACUGGAAGGACUACAUUCUUUUAUAAACAUGUUAUAUUUCUUUUUCUGUCUUAA